AUGUUGUGCUUUGUUGUCCUCUCAGUCCCCUGGGUGGGGGUGGAUUCAGGGGUGGAGUCUGUCCAGCUGAUCUGCAAAGCCACAGUUUGCCUGCCUAAAGAUGCUAAAGUGGAGUGGAAGGAUGGAAACAACAGGAAGGUCCACGUGUAUGAGAACGGCUCUGACCAGCCUGAAGAACAACAUGAGGAUUACAGAGACCGAACGAAGAUGAAGAGGAAGGUCCUGGAACCUGGAGACCUCAGUCUGACCCUGAAAUACCCCACAGAUGGAGACAACUCCACCUACACCUGCACCGUCUACAGCAGGGAGGAAAACACCCUGAUGGAGAAACAAGUGGAGCUGAAAGUCAGAGUCCCCCAGGUGGAGGUGAAUUCAGGGGUGGAGUCUGUCCAGCUGCCCUUCAACACCACACUUCACCUGCCUGAAGACGCUAAAGUGGAGUGGAAGGACAAAAACAACAGGAAGGUCCACGUGUAUGAGAACGGCUCUGACCAGCCUGAAGAACAGCACCAGGCUUACAGAGACCGAACGAAGAUGAAUGAAGACCUGCUGAAAACUGGAGACCUCAGUCUGACCUUGAAACACCCCACAGAUGGAGACAACUCCACCUACACCUGCACUGUCUACAGCAGGGAGGGAAACAUCCUGCUGAAGAAGCAAGUGGAGCUGAAAGUCAGAG